AUGAAUGUGGCGGGAUUAGUAGCGAAUUUUGGUGCUGCUGUGCUAAUUUUGUAUGAAUGGCGGAUAUUCCAAACUGAAAUGGAUGAUUCUUGUGAUUUCCUUAUACCUUACACAGUGUGCUUCUUAAUCCGUUCACCUCUGUUUUGUGGUGCUUUAAAUAUGCAUACUUUUGGUACAAUAUUCUUUAUUGAAAGACUUGUCGCGACCGUAAAAUCGCGAUAUUAUGAAAAAUCCAAAGGAAAUGUUAUCGCUAUUGCGUUGAUAAUUGUUCAGUGGAGUUUCGCACUGAUACUGCUUGCUUAUCACGGUAAUGGACAGGUUGGCAAAGGUUUAAGAGUUCCAAUUUGUAAACUGACUACAGUGAACACUGAUUACCUAUUCUUGACAUUCUUUCUUUUGUUAUUCUAUUCAUUCUUUUCAUUUACAACAAGAAUCUUAAGCGAAAAUCAGCCAACAGUCAGUGCACACUAUCCGAACGCUAUCAAGCCUGAAAGAAGUAAGAUUCGGGAAAAUGUUCGAUUUCUACGUCUAGCAAUCCACGUAUUAUUAACAAAUGGUGUUGUAUCUCUAAUACACACUGUACUGAGUGUCCUUUUCAAAAAAUUUCAUUCGCCUGACUUCGAGAUGAUCCAACGUAAACUAGAACCACUUUCACAAAGCGUGCUUGGUGCUAUUGUCGUGAUGCUGAUUGAAAUAGAAAGCAGACGAAAGAAACGAAUAACUUUGGAUACAAGUUUGAAAGGUUACGCAAUUGAUGGCAUGACAGCCUUGAAAGAUACGUGGAAUUUGAAUGCCGAUAAACGUAAUAAGCCUUUCAUACAACGUUUACUUUCAUUAUGCUGGAGCGAUGAAUAA